AAGCCUGAACUUAAUGGGGUGCAAACGUCAUCAUUUUUGCUGAGCCUUCUGACCUGGAAACAAAAUCUUAUUUCCAGCGAGACGCAACAAGGGAACGACGACAAUGGGGCGAACAACCUGGGCAGCAGUGGCCUCGAUCCGCUGGUCGGCGCUGACCGUAACUCUUGUUGUCUCCUUUCUGAUCCAGCCUUCAACCUCUAUAUAUUGCGACGAAGACGACUGUUACGAUCUCCUUGGAAUCUCUCAAAAUGCCAAUUCCUCUGAAAUUAAAAAGGCGUACUAUAAGCUUUCUCUGAAAUUUCAUCCAGACAAAAAUCCUGAUCCAGAAUCAAGGGCCAAGUUUGUUAAAAUUGCGAAUGCCUAUGAGAUACUGAAAGAUGAAGCUACAAGAGAACAAUAUGACUAUGCUAUUGCCCACCCAGAGGAGAUAUUCUAUAAUACAGCACGAUACUACCAAGCGUACUAUGGCCACAAAACUGAUCCUCGUGCUGUCCUUGUUGGCCUGCUUUUGAUUCUCUCAUUAUUUCAAUAUCUCAAUCAGUGGACAAGGUAUAAUCAGGCUAUUGACAUGGUCAAGAAAACACCAGCUUACAAAAAUAAGCUGCGUGCUUUGGAACUUGAACGCAGUGGAGGUGUUACAAGUAAAAAGAAGAGCAACAAACCUAUGGAUAAGAACAUGGAGGAAGAACUGAGUAAGGAACUCAAUCUGCAGAUAAAAGGAGCUGAAAUACCAUCUAUUUGGGAACUUGUUGGAGUUCGUUUCCUGCUUCUUCCUUACACUAUUGGAAAGCUUCUAUUGUGGCAUGGUUGUUGGUUGUGGAGGUACAAUGUCAAAGGGGCUCCAUACUCUAGGGAAGAUGCUUCUUACUUGACUCGAAGAUCACUUGGUGUUCCUAUUGAUUCAUGGAGAUACAUAGAAGAGUCAGCAAAGGAAGAUCUUAUUCAAAGACGGCUGUGGGAGAAAUCCAACCUUGAGAGCUACCUGGCAGAGUCGCGAAAGGAAUCAAAACGGCGAAGAUAGUUCAUAACAAUUCAACUUGAAAAAUUCUAGGAUGUGAGUAGGUAUUGAUAGUGUAUUUCUCACAUUAAAGGAAAUGAGAUACGUGUAACAUUACUACUUGAUGAAGAUCACGUAACUUCUGCCAGAUCCAUCAGUGGAUUGUCAAUUUGGUGAAGUGUAUCUUUUCCAUGUUGAAUUCAUUUUCUCAACAGAACAUAGAAUGCUGCACUUAUAGAAGUUUUGCCGGGCACCCUUUGUGCUGUGUAUUGUUUGUCACAAAUUUCAAUUUGCUGAACUCUUACCCCUUACUCCGUCAC